AUGGAAAAGGAACUAGCAGUAGAAUCAUUUAUCGGGUUCAACGGUAAUAUAACAAAUAACCUAAUUCUAAUAAGACAACAUAAAGAAAUAAAUGAAAGGGAUUAUAAAGAAAAAUUAAAAUGCAUAGAAGAAGAAGAAUUUUUAGAAAAUGAAAAAAAAAAAAAAUUAAAAAGUGUUUAUAAUUUAAAAAAUAUUACCAUUAAUCAUAAUUACUAUGAACUGAAAAAAGAAGAAUUAAAAUAUAAUUUUUUUAUGAUCUAUGCUAUUGGUACUAAUAUAAUAAAAGAAGACAUUGUAAAUAAUAAUAGAACAAUUUUUAAAAGUGAUGAAUAUAAAAUAAAUAAAUUAUAUGUUGAUAACAACAAAAAAUAUAUUUGCUGUUGCAAAGAGAGUAAACUGAUGUCUAAUAUUUAUAUAUUCGAUUUUGAAAAUAAAAAAGAAAAUAUCAUUUUAUCUUUACAUAAAUUUAAAACAGUGGAUAUUUCUAUAAGUAAUGAUGGGAAAUACCUUCUCUCAUCCGGAGGAGAAGACGACAAAUGCUUAAUAUUAACUCAAAUAGAAAACCAAAAAUUUAUAUAUAAGUCCUCUUCUGACUAUCCAUAUACUAAUAUUUCCUUUUUCCAUCAAACUAAUAAUUUCAUAAUAGCUAAACUUAACAGCAUCAAAAUAUGCUACUACAAUUUUUCGACAAAGCGAAUGAACGAAGUAGAAGUAAAUACAUCCAUUUACAAAAGGCAGUUUGUGUGCUUAGAACUGAAAAACAACGAUGAGUAUGCCUUUUUAGGGACGACGACGGGUGAUGUACUAGUAGUAAAUAUAAAGUCUAGGGUUCUCGAAAAAAUUAUACCAGAGAAUUACUUAUUCAGUAAUGGGAUAAACGUAGUAAAGAUCCUGGACGACAAAACGAUCUUGACAGGAAGUGGAGAUGGAUAUGUGAGCCUAAUAGACAUUGUGGAAAAGAAAAUUUUAAGGAAAACAAAGAUAUAUGGAUCUGUAAAUUCAAUUGAAAUGAGAAAUGAAUCCACAAUAUUUAUCAGUAUUUAUGAAAACAUUAUUUACGUAAUGGAUAUAAACAAUGGUAGUUAUUAUGUAUUAUUGCUAAUUCACAAUAAUUAUAUACGUGAUCUAUGCUUUCCUAUGAAUUAUAAUUAUAUACUGUAUACAUGCAGCCAUAAUAGUAUAAUGGCAUGGCAAUUCUAUGAUAAGAAAGUUAUAUACUUAAAAAAUAUGAACAAGGGCAAAUUCAUCUAUUAUGAUAAGAAGUUCUUGAAUAUACCAACAGAUAAAAGAAAGAAACUAUGUAAGCUUAAUAAAAUGGUUGAAGAAAAAAAUAGUAAUGCUAUUGAAAAUGAUAAACAAAGUGCCAAUUUAGAUAAUGAUAAAAAUCUACAAAAUAUAGAAAACAUAGGCAAAAUAAAUAAGAAGUUAACCUGUCAUAGUAUAAAAAUAUCAAAUGAUGGAAAAUAUGUAGCUCUAUCUAUACAUAACAAUAUUUACUUAUUAACAUCGAAAUAUUUGAAAAUUGUUUCUCUUAUUUUAAAUUCUCAUUAUGACUAUUGCAAUACUUUAACUUUUUAUAAUGAAUAUGAUUUAAUAACUGCCGGAAAUAAUGGAGAUAUCAAAUUUUGGAAAUUCGAAAAAAACAAAUAUAUUAAUUUUAAUACAAUUAAUUAUCACUCAUCCAUAAUUAAUCAUAUUAUUCUCUACAAGGAUAAACAUCUCUGUAGCUGCAGCGAAGACGGGCUUAUAAUCUUAUAUAAUAUUCAAGAAAGUGCACUAGUUAAAAAGAUAAUAGAUAUAAAUAAUACAAGAUAUAAACAAAUUGCUCUGAAUAGAAAAUUUGACAUCCUAUUAUGUUGUGGAAACAAUAAUAUUUUUAUGUAUUAUGAUUUAAUUAAAAAUGAUGUUAGUAAGAAUUUUUAUUAUUCCCCAUUUCACAAUAUCCUCUCUGUUGAUAUUGAUGACAGGGGCAAGUUCUUCAUAACAGGUUCUGACGAUCACAAGUUGAGAUUGUACGAAUUUAAAAGCUGCACUUGCCUAUACAUAGGAAAUGCCCAUAACGAUGUUAUAAACAAAUGCCUAUUUACAUAUGACAAUCACUUUAUCGUUUCGACUUCAAGAGAUGAAAGUAUAAUAUACUGGAAAGUGCCCCCCGAAAUAAAGGAAUUCGACUGA